AUGAUGCUUCGGAGGAGUUUAUUGGGAUGUGGUAACCGGUUGACUCUCAGGAUUCCAAGUCUGAGAAACUUUAGUAGUUGUACAAGGCUUUACAAGAACUCCGAACAGAUUGAUGAAGCUGAACUAUGGGCACCCAAUCUAACUUCACAACCUUAUAAGGCCAAGAAAAGUUCAAAGGAAGAAUUCCAGUGGCCGGAUCAGUCUGAAGAACAGGCUCAGAGGGCCCAUGAAAUUCGUGUAGAGAAAUUGAUGAGAUUAUCGGCCGUCUUCCAAGGUUUGCUCAUCCUGUUAGGUGUUGGCGCUGCUACGACUACAUAUAUGAAGUGGCCCCAAAUUAAAAGCUGGUGGGUUACUAAGGAUGAUUACAAAGUUGACGAUAAUACUAUUGAGAGAUUAGUUAAAAGUAAGACCAAGAAAUCCAUGGAUGAAAUUGCAGUUAUAUCCGAUGCAAAUUUUGGUCCUGAAGUUUCUGGAUUAUAUCUAGCUGGAUCUAAUGAGAUUGCCGGUAAAAACAAGGCUGGAUACAUCUUACCCAAGAGAAUUCCCCUUUUCGAUCAUAAAGUCCUGAGAGACGUUUGUCUAUCUGAUGAACCUAAUGGUAAGGAAAACUUAGCGAUUGACGAGAGGGGGGAUUUGCUGAAGUGGAGCCAAGAUGCUAUUAGUACAAUUUUGCCAGAUCAAAAUUUGGUUAAAGUUAAAUUGUCCAACAAUGUUGCUUAUGCCCUCAACAAGAAAGGUGAAAUUUUAGUCAUCCCCGUAAAAGAUCCAUCAUCUUUAACUAAGCACGUAGAACAUAAGAGAUCAUGGGUUUUACCUUGGAAAACUUAUUGCAGUUACGAUUGGAAAUUAGAUACCAAGGAUAGCUUCAAAGCUAAGGGUGAGAAUAAAAUUAUACAAUUCGAUACCGGUAAACACCAUUUGGCCCUCGUAUCGAAUAAGGGCAACGCAUAUUCAUGUGCCACUGGAAUUAAAUCUAAACCGCAAGACCGCUCUCAUUCGUAUGGCCAAUUUGGUGUUCCUACAUUAUCACAAUUUGAUGAAUUCCCACCUUGUAAUAAACUUUAUGAAAUUGAACUGUUAAACAGGGCACUAGACAGUAAUAAUUCUGUCUACAAAAGAGAUAUUCUUCAAGUCGCUUGCGGUGAUUAUCAUACUCUAGCUCGAGAUGCGGAAGGCAAAUUAUUUGGAUUUGGUAUUAAUAAGAAUGGCCAACUGGGUUUACCCAUAUCAUAUGAUAAUGAACAGAUACCUUUCCCCAAGAUAAUCAGCAGGUUUGGUUCGUAUUUCGGUAGAGAUUCCAAAUUUAAAUGCGUGGACAUUAAUUGCUCCACUCAGACUUCCUUUGUAACCUUGGAGACUUCAGAUGACAAUGGCAAGAAAGAUGUAUUCUACUUCUCGUUUGGUGACGGUUUAAAUGGGGAACUGGGUAAUGGUAACUACAAAAAUUGUCAACCAGAACCAGCACCAAUUAAGUCCAUCGAUUCGCCUGUCAAAGAAUGGAGUUGCGGUGGUCACCACAUUUGGUGCAAAUUGGCCGAUGGACAAGUUCUAGUAUGGGGGUUUAAUGAAAGAGGACAGCUGGGUACCGGUAAACGUAUCAAGGUGAAUAGACCUCAGCCAAUACCUGGACUGCUGAAACCAGGCGAUCAACUGCAACCUGAUCAAUUGUACCGAACUAAAUUAUUUUUACAACCACAACAAUCAGUAGCAGCUGGCGAAACAUCAACUUGUAUAUAUUGGAAGAAAUAA